AUGUUUAAAGACAAAGAAAAAAAACUAACUCCAAUUCUGAACGAACUCCAUGAAAUCUUUCUAAACAAAUUCACCAACUUACAAGGCAACUUCAUACAAAACUACUUACAACAUGGGAACAAAACUACAAUUAUCAUUAUUCGGAACGGACAAACGUAUAAAGAAAUCAUAAACAGACUAAACGUACAACACACCAUUUUAAGUAUCAGAAGCUAUGACUUACAUAACAACGGAAGUUUUUACUUUCAAAUUACCAUCCUACAAACCAAAAAAAUAAUAAAACAAGCAGAACUAGGACAAGUACACAAAAACGGAAGACUCGUAGACUUAAUAGACACCCACAACCUAACAUGUAAACAAACACACAGCAAUACUUACUCACAUGACCCAGUGACAGAAAUACAUUAUACCAAAUGCCUGUUUAAUUAUAUAAACAACAAAGCCGAAAUACCAAUCAGAAAUACAAAUAGCACACAUGAACACAUAACCUAA